AUGGAAUGGCCUCAAGCAACCGGUCAUUCAUUAGGAUCACUUGAUUAUGAUACCGGUAAUCAUCAUGACCAAUCUCAUACAAGUAAAGAUCUUUGUAGUGGAAUGACAUCCAUAUUUGAUGAAAAGAUUAAGUUAUCAAAUAUUUUUAUAACACCUCUAGAUCAGCCUGAAAAUACAUCAUUGAAAAUGUCUGGUGCUAAUAAAGUAUUCAAAAGAUCAUCAACAUUAAUACUGGAAGAUAGCGAUGAGUAUCAGAUGAGUAUGAGCUGUAACAAUUUAUUGAAUUCGAGUGACGAUCCAGACCCAAAUACAUCUACUCCUGAACGUGAAAAACAAUCAGAUAGGUACGUUUUUUAA